UUUAUCGAUGCCGCUUUGCUCGUCUAUCGGUUAACAUACUGUCAUCCCCAAAUGCAACUAAAAAGAAAAUUACGCUAUAAACAAAACUAAGCCGAAUUUUAACAAUUAAAACAUGAGUGGUGUAAGCACAGCAGCAGCAUCACAGGAUGCCUGCUAUAUAUCACUGCUGGGACUUGCAGAAUACUUUCGUACCUCACAGCCGCCAAAUAUUAAGAAGUGCAUACAAUGUUUACAGGCGCUCUUUACCUUUCAGCCGCCUUCCAAGGUGGAGGCCCGCACACACCUGCAAAUGGGACAAAUCCUGAUGGCCUACACAUGCAACAUAGAUUUGGCGCGACAGCACCUCGAGCGUGCUUGGAGCAUAUCCGAGCAGUUAAUGAAUUUCGAUGAUGUAAAGUUUGACACAGCCUCACUGCUGGCCCAGUUACAUCUUCAAAUGGAACAGCAUUCACAGGCAAAGGCCAUGCUAAGGCGAGCGGUGGAGUUAUCACAGAACAAUGUCUACUGGCACUGCAAGCUGCUGCUACAGUUAUCCCAAAUACAUGCUAGCGAUCGGGAGUACUCGCUGGCAUCAGAUCUGCUAGCAGUGGGUGCUGAAUCCGCAGAAGAGGCGGGUGCCACUUACUUAAAGGUGUUGUUCCUGCUCUCACGCGCCAUGAUACUAAUGAUUGAGCGCAAGACAAAUGAUGUUCUGGCGCUACUCAAUUCAGCGGGUCAGAUUAUUGACAACAAUAUACCUAAUCCACACCAGAAGGAGUAUCUCAAAGUGUUUUUCCUUGUUUUGCAAGUGUGCUACUACCUGGCGCUGGGUCAAGUCAAAACAGUAAAGCCCAGUCUAAAGCAGCUACAAAUGUCCAUACAGACUAUUAUGGCACCCAAUUGGCCCAGCGACGAUUCCAUCUUUGGAGGCAAUCAGUUGGAAAUGUUUGUUUGGCUACCCAAGGAACAGCUGUACGUGCUUGUCUAUCUGGUCACCGUCUCACACUCUAUGAUGGCCGGCUACAUGGACAAGGCCCAAAAGUAUACGGAAAAGGCGCUCACACAAAUAGAGAAGCUGAAAUUGCAAGAAGACAAAUCCAUACUCUCUGUGUUUAAGGUCAUACUGUUGGAGCACAUAGUCAUGUGCCGCAUGGUCAUGGGCAAUCGUGAGCUGGCCAUACGUGAAAUAGCCGCUGCCCGUGAUGUCUGCCAGGCGGCGCCGCAGCACAGUCUACUUAAGCGACACUCGGCACAGCUUCACUGCUUGCUUGGACUGUACUCCAUGUCCACGAGCUUCUUUGAACAUGCUGAGCGCCAGUUUUUAGUGUGUGUCAAUGAGACCAGCGAGCGUGAUCUAAAGCUCUUUGCUAAUCUCAAUUUGGCCAUCAUCUAUCUGCGGACAAAACGCGAUGCAGAUCUUAAGCAAAUACUCGAUGCAGUGUCCACGGAAAACACGCACACCUAUAGCAGCCAGGCUCUUAUGGGCGGCUUCUAUUAUGUACAGGGAUUGCAUGCAUUCCAUAAAAACAGCUUCCAUGAGGCAAAACGAUUUCUGCGUGAGACUCUUAAAAUGGCUAAUGCUGAGGAUUUGAAUCGCUUAACCAGCUGUUCGCUGGUGUUGCUAUCGCAUGUCUUUCUUAGCAUUGGUAACUCAAAGGAGAGUAUGAACAUGGUUACACCGGCUAUGCAAUUGGCCAGCAAAAUACCUGAUAUACAUGUACAAUUAUGGGGCUCAGCUAUAUUGAAGGACUUGCAUCGCAUGUCUAAGGACGCACAGCAUGAAAAGGAGGCCUAUGCGAAUCAUGUUAAAUACUCUGAAAACCUUAUUGCCGAUCAGCGAAAAUGUGCACAGAGUGCGCAUCAUGAACUCAUCAACUGGUUUCAAGGCGAUCCACCUCUUACGAGCGGCGCCGCCUUGAGCUUACCCCUGCCAGCUGCAACUGCAGAGGCGUCAACAUCGUUGGCAACGCAAUACGGACAGUUCUAUUGAAGAAGCAAGACGGACAAGUAGUCAACGACACAUAAGCAUUUUAAUAACUACGUUCGUAAGCUAAAUUAAAAUCUAAGACAAAUUCUACAAAAAA